GUAUUUUGUACCCUCCACCGAUCCGUAGUUGUACAGAACCCGGAAGUGUCAAUUUGAAAACGCGUCUCUUACUUGACAAACAGCGAAAUACUUGCUUUCUCGACGAAGUAAACACUCCUUAAUUGCAAUGUCAUUAAUGUGUGCGGGUCGGUUCUUUAAGCUUUUUGACUGACUUACAUACGCGAUCUGUCUGCUUUGCGGUGCCGCUCAACAUGUCAAGCAGUUGAUGCCAUUCAUUAAACGCAAUAGCAUUUUGUCAGUGGUUUGUAGCUACACGGCAAUCAAGAAGACUCUUUUUUGUUACUUAUAGACUUAUAAGCUUGUUUGUUACUUUGUUUUUGUUACCUUCUAACCAUAUCGAUGUUCUAACGUGGGGUGGCUAUGGUGAAUUUCUUAGGCUGUUCUUCAUGAACAACUAUUAAAGAACUCGGUUUGCGGAUGACAUUUUAGUGAUUAGAUAUAAAUGAAUGGUUGGUAUUAACAUACCAGUAAUUUUUGUUAACGUAAUACAGCUUGAUCGUGUAAAUGCACGAGGAUAUGGUAACAUUCAUCUCUAUAGUUGCGAGUUGUUUCUUAAUUCCAGGCGAAAUUAGAUAAAAAAGCAAAUUUACCAAUUCCUUCUAAACAGAUCGAUAUUAACCAUCCUUGUUGGCAUUUAAACACAAUGAAAGUCCGCUCGUCGGUGUUUGCCUCUCUUUGCCUGAUAGUGGAAAUAUGUGGCAUUGCACUUUUUCUACGAGGAUUUUUUCCAGCGCCGGUCAAGUCGUCAUUCACCCUGAAGAGUAAACUCUCUGACCAGCCGGCCGAGCCUGGUCCAGGAGAUGCAGGCAACUCUUCAAAGGUGCCCCCAGCCCUCUUUAACCGAGUGGUAGUGCUGCUGAUCGACGCGCUCCGGGAGGACUUUGUGUACGGGGCCAAAGGCCGGCACUUCAUGCCAUACACCAGGAGCCUGAUUGAGAGGGGCUCUUCAUUGAGCUUUGUGGCCAAAGCCAGGCCUCCUACUGUCACCAUGCCUCGCAUCAAGGCCCUAACGACGGGCAGCAUCCCAGGCUUCAUCGACGUGGUGAUGAACCUGAACUCUGCCGCCAUGCUGGAGGACAACCUCAUCUGGCAGGCCAGGGCGGCCGGCAAGAGGCUCGUCUUCUUCGGCGACGACACCUGGCUGCGCCUCUUCCCCAAACACUUCGAGCUGUUUGACGGCACCACCUCCUUUUUUGUCUCUGACUACACAGAGGUGGACAACAAUGUGACCCGACAUCUGGACGCGGUUCUCGAGUGGCAUGACUGGGAUGUCCUGAUCCUCCACUACUUGGGCCUGGACCACAUCGGGCAUCUAAGUGGUCCUCACAGCUCACUGGUGGGACCCAAGCUGAUCGAGAUGGACAACGUCCUCAAGAAGAUCCACACCUCCCUCAUCUCCAAGGAGACUGAAGGGACCCUGCCGAACCUGCUCGUCCUUUGUGGGGAUCACGGCAUGUCAGAGACGGGGAGUCACGGGGGGUCGUCGGAGCCGGAGGUGAACACCCCGCUGGUGCUUCUCAGCCCAGCCUUCGGCAGGAAAGCUGGGCUGGAGAAGGCGGAGCCCGUGGAGCAGGUGGACCUGGCGCCGACGCUCGCCCUGGGUCUGGGGCUCCCCAUACCCCAGAACAACGUGGGCCGUCUGCUACAGCCCGUCUUCCAGAGCACGCCGCUACGGCAGCAGCUCCGGUACCUCCAGCUGAAUGCCGUCCAGCUCAGCCGCCUACUGAAGGACAGCUCUCCACACUUCCACAAAGAGGAAGGCCACGAGCUGUUCCGCGUGGCGGAGAAGUCCCACGCCAACUGGGUGAAGCUGUACCUGGAAGGUAACGCGUCGGAGGUGCUGCUCAACGUGGGCAAGAAGGUCCUGAAGCAGUACCUGGACGCGCUGAAGGCCAUGAACGCAGCACUCAGCCGGCAGCUGGGGAAGUACGACAUGUACUCCAUGGUGCUGGGCAUGGUGCUCAUCCUCCAGGUGCUGCUGCUCCUUCUGCUGGCCAUGCCGGAGGCGCUGAGCAGCGGAGCGGAGGUGGAGCUCCCCUUAGGCCCCGCCCUGCUCUCGCUGCCCUUCUUCCUGCUCUGCCUGCUGGCAGCCGCCAUGCAUGUGCUGGUGUGCACAUCAGCGGGGGAGCUCUGCUUCCCCUGCAACCUGCACUGGGGGGCCACCAUCAUCCUCUUCACAGCUGCCUCGGCUGGCCUCUGCCUUCUCCUCAGCCUGGCUGCCCGGAGGCUGGCCCCCAUGGGACGCCCUGCCGCAAAGAGUGCCGGUAACUCGGGCUGCUUCUCGGAGCUGGACGUCCUGCUGCUGUCGGGGACGGUGGGCCACACGCUCAGCUUGGCAGCCAGCAGCUUCAUCGAGGAGGAGCACCAGACCUGGUACUUCCUGCUCAACACCCUCUGCCUGGCCGUCUUCCAGGACGUCUGCCGCAAGUACUUCCGGGAGAAAAGGCCCCCGGCGGAUGACGGAGCCUUGCUGGCCCCCCGUGACAAACCGGCCCAUUCCAGUUCCUCAAACAGGAAGUGGCUAGCCCUGACCACGCCCCUCAUGACCCUAACUUUCUGCCGCCUUCUGCGUUCCCUCAAUCAGACGGGGGUGCAGUGGGCACACCUGCCGGACCUGGGACACUGGCUCACCAGCUCGGAACACAAGGGGGCCCUGUCCCUGCUCGCGGCUGGCUCCCUGGUGCUCGUCUUCAUCCUGGUCCAUCGGCGCUGCUCCCUGGUGUCCAAGAUAGCCCUGGUCCUCGGCCUGCUGGGAGUAUACAGUUACCGGGCAGCCGUGGGCAAUGUGCUGUUCCCAUGGCAACAGGAUGGUCGCGACCUCUCUAAGGGUGUCCUGGAGGCGCGCUUCGUCUACGUCUUCGUCCUCGGCAUCCUGUUCACAGGCGCUAAGGACCUCCUGCGCUCACAGGUGGCCGUGGCGGAUGGCGGGCUGAAGAGCAGGGGAUUGUGGGAGGUGUACGCUGGCCUGGUGCUGCUGGCUGCCCUAGUCUCGCGACCCCACAACCUGCCAGUGCUCUCUGGCUGCCUGCUGAUCCAGGUGGCCAUGACCCGAUUCAUCUGGAGGGACCUGCAGUACGACGCGGCGCAGGUCACCAUCAUGCACGUCUGGUUCGGCCAGGCCUUCUUUUACUUCCAGGGUAACUCCAACAACAUCGGCACGGUGGACAUCUCAGCAGGCUUCAUAGGACUGGAGACCUACGUGGAGGCGCCGGCCUGCCUGCUGACAGCCUUCAGUACCUACACCGGUCCCCUGCUCUGGGCCAUCCACCUGGCAUGGUACCUCACCUCCCAGCAAGACAGCAGAGCUGCGCCCUCAUUGGGUCACGGCUGUUUCUGCCUGGCGCUGUUGCGCUCCACGCCUGCAGCUGCCUACAUCAUCAUGGUCACCGCCCUGCGCUACCACCUCUUCAUCUGGAGUGUCUUCUCCCCCAAGCUGCUGUACGAGAGUGCCCACACGCUGGUGAUCACCGUCGUCUGCCUCUUCUUCACCGCCAUGGACCGGAAGCCCACCAUCCAGCUCUAGGAUUGGGGCACAGCUCAUGGGGGGCCACGCUGGAGGCCGACGAGGACGGAGGGUGCCCCCCACCCGUCACGAUCCCACAAGCUUCCUGCUUGUACCAAACCUCCUCCCAGACUGGAGAGAGCCCCGUGGAUUUAUUUAUGGAUCCUCCUUUACCCUUUCUGCCCCCUUCCGCAGUGGUGAUGGUCCACUAAUGCGCCCCCUGGCCAGGCGCCAUUUUCACCUCCCACUGACAGGGUCUCAGUACAGCGCAUCUGAAAAUGCGCCGCAUCUCGCAUGUGUGUGCAGCAAAUUUGGCACAUCUAUCUAUAUAUAUAUAUAUAUAUAUAUAUAUAUAUAUAUAUAUAUAUAUAUAUAUAUAUAUAUAUAUAUAUACACAUACACAUACACAUACACACACACACACAAAGAGCUGAAAUGGAUGUGGAGGGGUACAUCUGGGAAAAUUAUAACCAAAACAGCCUACCAAAGCAAAUGUGGUUUUAUUUUUUCUUGCUCUGUUGACAUUAUGCAAUGUUUAUACUAAUAUUCACCCGGCACAAAAGUUCAGAUUUCCCCCACAUGUUCUUAUUUGGCAGUCGAGAGAGUCUCCUUCGUGCUUAAUGCGGUGAUUAUUCAUACAGAACUCGUCUGUGCCCCCCCCACUGAAAAGGGCUGUCUGCAGCCCAAACUGUCUACGCAGUCACCAAAAGUAUAGGAAUCUAUAAGCGUUUAUGUGAAGGUGUAUAUUUUAUGUAUGUAUUUAUUACUGUGAGAGAAUUAUUUGGCAAUAAUUUAGGGGGGGGGCGAGGUUUUCUCAAGGGCGAAGUGGGGAGAGCAGCAUGAAUUUCAGGCGGAGGCUGGACACGUAGCAGCCGCCUGCUGGCCGUGAUGAAUGCACGAGUCAGACGGUGGAUCCCACUGGCCUCUGGAACCGUCCACGGGCCCUUGUUUCUCACAGGAAACUCUACAGACUCCUGCACCCGUUUGUUUACUCAUUUCCGUUGGGUUGCUCUCAGAUGUUUUUUUUCUGGUCUGUCUUCUGUCUCCAGCUUAGAGAGGUGAGUGGGGCCACAGUCUGUCUACCCUACCUGCCCGGGGCAUUGAUUAGUCUUUGAUUAGUUGUCUCCUCUUGCCUGUGGAAAAGCAACACUGUCUACUAAGUUGAAGCAGGUGGGCAGUGGCUGACGUUAUCUGGGCUUGCGGCUUACAUUAGCGGUUAGCAGCCAUGGUUCGCAGUUAGCGGCAGCUGUUAGUGGUUAGCAACUGCAGUUAGCAUUUAGCAGUUAGCAGCCACAUUUGUAUGUUGAUGCUAGUUGCGCCCGUCUCCAUCUUCCAUACCUAAAAUUCGAAAGGGCUACAAUCGACGGAGAUACCGAAGCACCAUUAAUGUCACUGUGUGCGUUCUCGGAAACAUAAAGAGACGAGGAACAUUUUGAGCACAACUGCAAGUCGUAAGGGGGGCCCACUGUGUGGCUUCUGUCAAGCGAGUCAAAACCAGGCAGCAGAGUAUGUGCUUUACAACCCUGGACGGGCCCAUUUAUCAUUGACUAAAUGCGUGCCGCAGCCCUGUUCUGUUAUGGCAUGGUUUUUCGGAAGUUCUUUAACAUAAUCCGAGUUCUUGUUUUUCUUUGGGUGGGAGUGUUUAUUUUGUGAUUAGCAUUUCCCAUGGUGCAUCUUAAAAAGCCCCGCCCCCCGCAUAAUGACCCCCCCAACCAAUCAGAGGAGCGGCACACUCCACUCCUGCCGGCAUGUCAGGCGAAAUUAUGGCAGCAUCAGGACGCCUCUGCCUCCGAGCCAGCAGGCAGAGGCGGGCAAGAUUUAGCUCCCUGUAGCCUAGAAAUACGUCAUUGUCGAAGGGAUGCAAUCGGGGCAGGAGGGGGGUGAAAUUCCCCACCAUUAAAGCGACGCCCCACGGAGCACCAUGCCGCGAUGCCCGCGGGGCAGCAGAGUGGAAGCCGCCAACUCAUUGUACUCAAGGUCCAUUCCUGCCACCCAAGUACCAGUUUAUUGAGCACAUUUGCAUAUGAUAGAGCCACUGAAGUCAGAGUAAUCAUCUGGCAGCGUAGCCACUUGGGUGCUGUUGACGGCCCACUUCCUCCAGAGGGGGCUUUAAGAGGACUGACGUCCGCCUCCAUCACCGGCAUUUGGGAGGUCAUCAAAGGAGGAGCCGACUGGAGUAGAGGAAGUCAUUCCGUUCUCUUAGCCUGUGACUUUAAAACGAGGGUAUGAGGCUUGUGAAGGGGGGGGGGGGGGGGGGGGGGGAGUGAAAAAGUUGCGGUUGACGAUGGAGCAUCCGGAAAUUUCUGUCAUGCUAAUGUGUGAUUGGCCCCUGAGAGAAGGUCUGCGUCCUGGAUUCUCCAUUAGUGUUCAUUUUGUGAUCAGAUCCAGGAAGUAUUGGCUCAAGUCAUCCCCUCAACAUAGCAUGUUUCCAGAGAUUUCUGUUACCCAUUGACUUCCAUGAUGUCCCACCUGGCCUGGGUCGGGGGUGGGGGAUGAUGGGGCUCUGAGGCUGCGGCUUGGCCGUGAGGUCCGGGCUCUCAAAUGGCUCCACCUUAAUCAGUCUCUGCACCUUUUUUGGGGCAUUUUUCACUUUGUUGUUUUCCAGCUGGGCUCCCAUUUGUUUUUGUUUUUUUUUUUUUGUGUGCAUGUCACCGUUUUUUAUCUGUCGUUUGCAUCAACUUUAAUCUGUGUUCCUUUUUUAUUUUCACAGUUUAUCAUUUUCCAGUGGAAUACUCUAGGAAAAUAUUUUAUUGGGGUUUUUUUCGGCGUUGAUAUGUAAUGAUCGAGAGCGUGGAGUCCAUUCCUUGCCUCUAUAUUGAUUUAUACAUUUAAUUUAAUGUUCUGUUUGGGGCUUAUGAGAUAUUGUUUUGAACAAUGACAGUUUGUUUCCUGUACUUGUCGCAUUUCGCCCUCAGAUCAGAUACCAGAAAUGCUGUGGUUCUUCGCUACGAAUAAAAUGACUUGACUUUCACAA